GCGUGGAUCCCCGCUCCAGAACCCGCUGCUCGCCAUGACCGCCUUGCCCGCGCCCCGCAGCCUCCUCCUUUUCCUCCAGGUGCUGUGGCUCGCCCUGGCUCAGAUCAGAGGUCCACCAGGGGAGCCGGGUCUUCCAGGGCCACAAGGGCCACCAGGAGUGCCUGGUUCGGAUGGCAUCGACGGUGACAAGGGGCCUCCAGGUAAAGUUGGUCCUCCGGGAUCCAAAGGAGAGCCUGGCAAACCGGGGCCAGAUGGUCCAGAUGGGAAGCCUGGCAUUGAUGGUUUAAUGGGAGCCAAGGGAGAGCCUGGCCCCAUGGGAACCCCUGGAAUCAAGGGCCAGCCUGGGCUCCCAGGGCCCCCUGGCCUGCCGGGCCCUGGUUUUGCUGGACCUCCGGGACCACCUGGACCUGUUGGCCUCCCUGGUGAGAUUGGAACCCCAGGCCCCAAGGGGGAUCCAGGGCCAGAGGGACCAUCAGGGCCCCCAGGACCCCCUGGGAAACCAGGCCGACCGGGAACCAUCCAGGGCCUGGAAGGGAGUGCAGAUUUCUUGUGUCCAACCAACUGUCCUGCUGGUGUGAAAGGUCCCCAGGGUCUGCAAGGAGUGAAGGGGCAUCCAGGCAAACGGGGGAUUCUGGGUGAUCCUGGUCGCCAGGGGAAGCCGGGCCCCAAGGGAGAUGUGGGUGCCUCUGGAGAACAAGGUAUCCCUGGACCACCGGGUCCCCAAGGCAUCAGGGGCUACCCAGGCAUGGCAGGACCCAAGGGAGAGAUGGGUCCUCGUGGAUAUAAAGGCAUGGUGGGCUCCAUCGGUGCUGCUGGGCCACCGGGUGAAGAGGGCCCAAGGGGGCCACCAGGCCGAGCGGGUGAGAAGGGGGAUGUGGGGAGCCAAGGUGCCCGAGGACCCCAGGGGAUAACAGGCCCAAAGGGAACAACUGGUCCACCAGGCAUUGAUGGCAAGGAUGGGACCCCGGGCAUACCUGGCAUGAAGGGCAGUGCAGGACAAGUGGGACGACCAGGAAGCCCAGGCCACCAGGGCUUAGCGGGUGUGCCAGGUCAGCCUGGAACAAAAGGAGGCCCCGGAGACAAGGGUGAACCCGGCCAGCAGGGCUUCCCGGGAAUCUCUGGUCCCCCUGGGAAAGAAGGGGAGCCAGGGCCUCGAGGAGAAAUUGGUCCACAGGGCAUCAUGGGAGAGAAGGGUGACCAGGGUGAGAGAGGGCCAGUGGGGCAGCCAGGCCCUCAAGGACGACAGGGCCCCAAGGGGGAGCAGGGAUCUCCAGGAAUUCCAGGACCCCAAGGCUUGCCAGGCAUCAAAGGAGAUAAGGGUUCCCCAGGGAAGACCGGGCCCCGAGGUGGAGUGGGUGACCCGGGGGUGGCCGGCCUCCCAGGAGAGAAAGGAGAGAAGGGCCUGUCAGGCGAGCCAGGGCUUAAGGGACAGCAAGGAGUUCGUGGAGAGCCGGGCUACCCUGGUCCUAGCGGAGAUGCUGGUGCCCCAGGAGUGCAGGGCUAUCCCGGGCUUCCCGGGCCCCGAGGACUGGUGGGAGAUCGAGGCGUGCCAGGACAACCGGGGAGACAGGGUGUGGUGGGCCGAGCUGCCAGUGACCAGCACAUCGUGGAUGUGGUGCUGAAGAUGAUUCAAGAGCAACUUGCAGAGGUAGCUGUGAGUGCCAAGCGAGAAGCCCUGGGUGCAACAGGGAUGGUGGGCCUUCCAGGACCUCCUGGGCCCCCUGGAUAUCCAGGCAAACAGGGACCCAAUGGGCACCCUGGUCCCCGAGGCAUUCCUGGCAUUGUGGGAGCUGUGGGUCAGAUUGGCAACACUGGACCCAAGGGAAAGCGUGGAGAGAAGGGAGAUCAAGGAGAAAUGGGACGUGGCCAUCCCGGGAUGCCUGGGCCACCAGGGAUCCCAGGUCUUCCUGGCCGGCCUGGCCAGGCCAUCAACGGCAAGGAUGGAGACCGAGGGUCCCCAGGGGCCCCAGGAGAGGCUGGGAGGCCCGGGCGGCCGGGCCCAGUGGGGCUCCCAGGCUUUUGUGAGCCUGCAGCCUGCUUGGGAGCCUCAGCCUAUACCUCUGCUCGCCUCACGGAGCCUGGGUCCAUCAAGGGGCCAUGAGCGACCAGCCAGGACAGAGCCUGCUAGCACCCAGGGUCACCUCUGGGUAGACAUGCACCCCGGGCCCAGGAGGCUAGGUUUCUCAAGAUCUUGUCUGGAAGGGACCCAGGGGUCCUGAAGACAAGUUCAGUGAGGGAGGGGUUGGGGAAGAGAGAGCUGCCCCUCCUAAGGGAAGAGGGUGGCUUUUCUUCCCGGAGGACCAGCUAGCCCUUACCCAUGCUGUUCAGCACGGGCCAUCCUACCCUCAGGGCAGGGGGGCUGAGGCUUCUGGUGGUCCUUGCCCCAUUUUUAACCCUCUGGACUUAUUUUUAUUGGGUCUGCUGGGGGAGAAUACCCUGAGGUGUCAGUCCUUAGGCCAGCCCCGCUAUUGCCUCUCUGUCUCCCAUCCGAGUAUUUAAACAUCCAUCUCCCUUGUUUUGGCAUCGGUUUCCCAGUCCCUUUUGCCUAUACCACUCUGGCCUUUGUGUAAAUAAAAGUUCCCAAGUUGGUUACAAAGUGA